UAACCCCAACUCAAGCCGGGUUCCGGUGGUCUAUCAUAAAGUCAAAAGCCCUAUCAACCCGUCGAUAAUUGGGGAUUUGGGGGAUUAGGGUUUAUAUCUGCUCGGUUCUUCCGCCCUGAAACCAUUUCCGUCAGUUUGGAAGAAACGAGCUAUCGAAUCAAAUGGGUAAGCUGGAGAAGAAGGAGAAAUCUGAAGCCAUAGACGAAGAAGAAUCAAAUUCCCAACCCGAUUUGAUGCGCAGCGAGGAGGAAAAAGAAGAAAAUGAAGAUGCGGAGGCUAACGAGGAUCUCAGCUUGAAAAUCGUAGAGAAGGCCAUGUUACGGGUAUGUUCUAAUGUCACUGACGAGGAAGAAUCCGACAUUUUGACAAAUAGCAAGAAGAAAAAGGACAAAAAUAUUGUGACCAAAGAGGAUCCUGUUUCAAGUGGAAUAGACAAGGGUUUCAAAAGCUUCUGCAGCGAUAUGUUCCCGCAGUACAAAGUAAAGGAAGAACAAAAUGCUGAUACUACUAUAGCUAUGAAUAUUGAUGAUAGUGCAGCUGAAAAGACUCCUGUUGAGGUCCCUGACAAUGCUGUUCUACGUAGGCUUCUUGUGAGUUGAACGGGGCCCUAGGUACUUUGAUGCUCCAGAUAAGAGUUGGGGAACAUGCUAUAAUUGUGGUGAAGAGGGUCAUGCUGCAGUCAACUGUACUUCAGCUAGACGUAAGAAGCCAUGUUUUGUUUGUGGGAGUUUCGAACAUAAUGCUAAACAUUGCACAAAGGUUAGUGGAGAAAAUUGCUUACUCUUCUAUUUGAAUAUGUGACUCCAUACUGCUCGUGCUAUCUUAGUUCCACCUUAUUAGUCUUCUCAACGGGAGAUUAUCAUACUUGUAUAUUCUUAUAUUACCAUUGAGGUAAAUGAGCAUUUUGGAAGUUUCCCUCCACACAUAUAAACCACAAAUCUUUUGUAGAGAACCAAACAGACUGUGAAGUUAUGCACAUGGAAUCUUCCACUAAUAAGCCAAGCUGAAGAUUCCUCGAACAUGUGCUAAUCCAAAGACCUAGGACCCUAGGCUCUGAUGGGGAAAAAGAAGACAAACAUCCUGAACUGCGUUUCAUGAUCUGAGCUCAUGGUUAGAGUGCCUCUUAUAUAUGCUUUUACGUGAUUUGGACCCGUCUUAACAACCUUGUUAACACAUUAUUGUUGUAUUUUGGACACUCAUAUUCGGAAUUUUGUGUUUUGGACAAGUCAUGAAGAAAAUAUUUGUGAAAGGAUCUCUGAAAUCAUAAUGAUGAUUGAAUCUUAGCUCAGUGAUUAUGUUGCUGGAUUUUUUCCUGGAGGUCAAGGUUUUGGCUUGCAAACUAGCUUUGCUAGGCAUAGCUAAGUGGACAAUUAGGCAACUGAGUUUUUCAUACCUCUUUCACAAGGUUUGAUGGCACUGUCUACCUUUUGCCAUUAUAGCGCAUUAAGUUGUCUAAAUUUGUGGUAAGGACUAAGGUCUGCGUACACACUAUCUUCCCCAGACCCCACUUGUGGGAUUGGAUUGGUUUUUUUUUUUUUUUUGGUUGUUGUUGUUGUUGUUGUAAGCUGUCUAAAUAUGUACAUGGACAGCUAAUCCAAAAAUUAAAGAUUCUAUUAGAAGCGUGUUAUGGUGCAACUUUCCUGUCAUCCUGCAGGAUUUCUGCUUCCAAUGGUAGGCUGGAAUUUGCAAAAAAAAAAUUGAGAAUUAUGAUUUCAGUAUUCUUGGUGUAUCCUUUAUAUUUUUGCAUUGAAUGAGAGACUGCAUUACAGGGUCUUAUGGGAAAACCUCUUUUAGGUGAGGAGCUUGUUGUUUGUGUAUAUGAUGCAUAAAAAAUGGUAUUCACAUGUAUGUGUGGCUUUGUCCUGUCACUGUAACAUAUUUGGGCAGUAUCAUAAUCGCAUGUAAACCCUUAUCUCUCUUCCCUUUUGUCCUUCCCUCUAUCUCCCUUCUGUCUCCCUAAUUAUUGGAAUGUGUUGGAGGAGUCCUUGUUUUAGGGUAGAGCCGUGCGAGCCUCAAAGCCCAUUCAAUCUAGAUCUUUGAUCUCCAGGAACUACAGAAUUUUAAAUUCUGUAUAGCUGACCCCAGGUAGUAUGGGAUUGAGCAGUAGCUGAUUGACUGAUGGUUUAAUCAUGGAUAUGCCACUGUAGUGUCUUCAGUUC